CGGAAGUGUUGGAGCUAAGGGCGGGACCAGAGCCCUAAGGGGCUGGGAAUUGCGGAAGUUUGGUUAGGAGGGUCGGCGGGCUGGUAGAGUUCCUGGUAGAUUUACAGCACUACAGCUGGGGUGUUGCUCGGGGUCUCGGAGCCACCAGCCUCCGGCGGAUCGCGACUCGACGGCGCUGCUGCCGUCUGUCCCCGCCGCGCCUUCCUCCGCAAGGACCCGCCUCGGAUCUCCACCAUGGCGUCCACGAACAGCAACCUCCAGAAAGCAAUAGAUCUUGCAAGCAAAGCCGCGCAGGAAGACAAGACUGGCAACUAUGAGGAAGCUCUUCAGCUCUACCAACACGCUGUUCAGUAUUUUCUCCAUGUUAUUAAAUAUGAAACACAAGGUGAUAAAGCCAAGCAAAAUAUCAGGGCCAAAUGUACAGAAUAUCUUGAUAGAGCAGAAAAACUAAAGGAGUAUCUGAAAAAAAAGGAGAAGAAACCACAGAAGCCUGUUAAAGAGGAGCAGUCAGGUCCAGUUGAUGAGAAGGGGAAUGACAGUGAUGGGGAAGCAGAAUCUGAUGAUCCUGAAAAAAAGAAACUGCAGAAUCAACUUCAAGGUGCCAUUGUUAUAGAGAGACCAAAUGUGAAGUGGAGUGAUGUUGCUGGUCUUGAAGGAGCCAAAGAAGCACUUAAAGAGGCUGUGAUUCUGCCUAUUAAAUUCCCUCAUCUUUUCACAGGAAAGAGGACACCUUGGCGAGGAAUCCUAUUAUUUGGGCCACCAGGAACAGGAAAAUCCUAUUUAGCCAAAGCUGUGGCAACAGAAGCAAACAACUCAACAUUUUUCUCAAUAUCAUCCUCUGACCUUGUUUCUAAGUGGCUGGGGGAAAGUGAAAAACUGGUUAAGAAUUUAUUCCAGCUUGCCAGAGAGAACAAGCCUUCCAUCAUCUUCAUUGAUGAGAUUGACUCUCUGUGUGGUUCAAGAAGUGAAAAUGAGAGUGAAGCUGCACGGAGAAUUAAGACUGAAUUCCUGGUUCAGAUGCAAGGAGUUGGUGUGGACAAUGAUGGUAUUUUGGUUCUGGGAGCUACAAAUAUACCCUGGGUUCUGGAUUCUGCCAUUAGGCGAAGAUUUGAAAAACGUAUUUAUAUCCCUUUGCCCGAAGCUCAUGCCCGGGCAGCCAUGUUUAAGCUCCACUUGGGCAGCACUCAGAACAGCCUCACAGAAGCAGACUUCCAAGAACUCGGGAGGAAGACGGAUGGCUAUUCAGGAGCAGAUAUAAGUAUCAUUGUGCGGGAUGCACUUAUGCAGCCUGUGAGAAAAGUUCAGUCAGCUACUCAUUUCAAAAAGGUUCGUGGACCCUCAAGAGCCGAUCCUACCUGCAUUGUAAAUGACCUGCUGACACCCUGCUCUCCGGGAGAUCCUGGAGCUAUUGAAAUGACAUGGAUGGAUGUUCCUGGAGAUAAACUCUUGGAGCCAGUUGUUUCCAUGUGGGAUAUGCUGCGGUCACUGUCUAGCACAAAGCCUACGGUCAAUGAGCAGGACUUGCUGAAAUUAAAGAAGUUUACCGAGGAUUUUGGCCAGGAAGGCUAACACCGAGACAGAAGAGUACGCUCUUGUCGGUCCUUUGCCUCUCUUGGACGGCAUCCAGAUUAUUUCCAGUAAAAUCCUUUUACACAGGGAAACGCACAUCUCACUUCAGCGUUCCUUUAAGUUUGUGUUGUACUUUUCCUGUACUACCUGUUAAAUUCUUCAGUUAACAAAAAUUGUAAACUUGUAAGGAAAUGAGCAGUGGCGCGAAAAACAACAGAGAACUGAGAUAGUGAGGAGAGCCUCGAACUUGGCUCCAUGUGCAGCUUCUAGGACUUUCAUGAACGCCAUUGCAGAGAACGAGCCCCCACAUACACUUUUUUAAAAGAAAAUUGAAAUAGGGCUAACGCUAAUGAUAUCUAAAUGUCUUGAAAAAAAUCUUUAUGCAUUUUAUCAGUGUAAAGUUACUGCUUUAUUAAAAAUUAAAAGUGGUAGACUCUUUACUCUCAGGGAUGGGCAGCAGAGUGCAGACCACACUGUGGUGAAUUGGGGGCUCCUGUUGAUCGUGUAAUGGGUUGGUUUUUCCUGUGUAGAUUAAAGUGAUUCCUUUAGAGGCAGCGGGCUGUUGUAAUCACAUGACACCCUUCACUGUGCGCUUAAGAGACUUUCUAAGUUGUUCAUCACCUUUACCUUGAAAAGUGUGUACUUCAAUGUCUUUGUGUAGCCAAGACUGACCAAAAGAGGUGACAAAGAAGUAUAAAUUUUUAAAGAAUUGUCAUGAGAUACUGUAAUGGGAACCUUUAAUAAUGAGAAAAUGACUUCUGUUUGGACUUUGUGAUGUUUCCUGUGUAUGAUGUUGGGGUGUGUGUGUACAUAUAUAUAGCAUAAAUACAUACAUAAUUUUUUAAAAUACAGGAUAGAGAGUCAUGUCUUUCACUUUUAAGUUCACAGAGCAGUUUGUCCUAGCCACACAAACAUUAGCAGUGUGGUAUUCCAUGAAGCUUUAGAGACAAACUGAUGUCUUACUAAGUAAUGAAAGAUAAACAUGCCAUCAUGUUAUUUUAGUGUCUUCAAAUAAGUGACCUGAGGGUUUCUAUCACACGCUUGUGUACCAACACUUAGUUGUGCCUUGGACAUUUGCAUUGACUACCUGCACACAAUUACUGGGUUAACUAGAAUUGCUCUGCAGCUCUGCCAUGCAAGUGCUACACAGCAAUUGCAUUUUAAAGUAUAUUGCACACAGUUUACAUGCUUUGCUAUAUGAUCGCCCUUUGGUUUUCUGUAGAUUAUUUUUGUUGAUAUUCAAUAAAAAUUGUAGGCCUGAAAUAACACUGUUCUUAUGUGACGUAAAUUGCUAUAACCUACUUUUGCCUAUCUUAUGUAUGCUUCUUUAUUUUGUGACCUGCAUA